UCCAACCCUACGUUACCUUCUGUGGGUUAUGCGUGUCAUUCCUAUUAUCAGAGCAUAAGACGUGUCGGUUUCCAGCCGUGUCGGUGAUGCGAGGGCCAGUGCGUUGGGUGUUAUGGGAUGUGAAGGACACUCUGUUAAAGGUCCGGCGCUCGGUUGGCGAGCAGUACUGCAGCGAAGCAGAGCGAGCAGGACUCAAGCUGCCAGCUGCGCAGCUAGAAACUGCUUUCAGACAGGCUUACCGGCAGCAAUCACGCCUAUUUCCCAACUAUGGCAGAGCUCAGGGCAUGAACAGCCAGGUGUGGUGGGCUGGACUAGUGAGGGACACUUUUGCCCAGUGUGCGGUAGAUGACCCUGCUUUACUGGAUAGACUAGCCAACAAUCUUUAUCACAACUUUUGUGGACCAGAAAACUGGGAGGUGUUUCCUGAUUCUAAUAGCACCCUCAAGUUCUGCACCGCUUUGGGACUCAAGCAAGGUGUUGUUUCCAACUUCGACAAGCGUUUGGAAGGGAUCCUGAGGGGAUGUGGACUUCUCACUCACUUCUCAUUUCUCCUGACCUCAGAAGAAGCUGGGGUUGCUAAACCAGACCCUGCCAUUUUUACCCAGGCACUGGUACGGUGUGGUGUUCCAGCCUCCAGUGUAGUUCAUGUUGGGGACCAUUAUAUGAACGACUACCUGACCUCACGCUCAUUGGGUAUUCGAGGUUACCUGCUUGACAGACAAGUCUGUCAUGGGCACCUUGAUGUUCCUCCACAGCAUAGAUUACACAGCCUAGAUGAACUACCAGCUCGAUUAAAACAGGAUGCAGACUGAAGAGUGCACAAAUUAUAUCCAGUGCAGCUGAUGAUUAUGUAAUGUUGCUGCAGGGUUAAACUAAUUUUUAAAUGGACCAUAUUUUUUCCAUAUGCACGUUUCAUAUGAUGAAACAAGAUGUAAGCUGAAAUAUCAGAAUGUGGGACUGGAAAACAAAAAAUCAUGUUCUUUUAGAAGUUUAGAUUUCAUGAAAUCGUAAUAUACUGCCAAUACAUUAUAUCUUAUUGUUAAU